UUUAUUAAUAAUUAUUUAUCAUAACAACGAUUAUUAUAGCACAUGCUAGUCGUGUAUCAGGCGAGGCGUGUACUAUAAUAAUAGUUUAUAAUCUAAAUUACGUACAAAACUUUAUCUACUUGCUUUUUUUUUUGCAACAAUGUUGAGGUGCAUCCAUUUCUUAAUACUACUUUUUGUUUUACUAGAUGUACAAGUGUGGAUAUUGCGGGUUUUUUCUCAAUUCAUUCUGUGAGAACUUGCUCGAACAUGACUGUCUCCUAAAUAUAUUCGUGGAAGGUGAACAUGAUUUAGUAGAAGACAACAAAAAGGUUUUGACUAUUGUGGAAAAAGGAACAAGUACAGUGGUAGGGUCCAGUUCCGUCACGAAAGAUGCCCCAACAGAGUCAUUUGAGGAGCUUCUUAUAACAUAUGUGCAGGAUCGUCCAGCUCUGUACAAUAUCACUCUUCCUUUGUCAGAACGGACAGUAGGAAAAAAGAAUGCCCUUUGGAUGGAGGUAUUCAAUCUUUUUGGAGGAAAGUAUACAAUAGAAGACCUCCAGAAAAAAUGGAAGUACUUGAGGGACUGCUAUAUUAGAGCAAGGAAAAAAGUAACACAAUACAUUCCAAGUGGUUCUGGUGCUUUGCAAAAAGUUGAUCCGGGAUUUAGGCACUAUGCGCUAAUGACCUUCCUUAAUGAUGACACUACUAGCACUCAAAGGACUGUCUGUUCAGUCCCAGACAUUGCCAUCGCAGGUCCAAAUGGAAUCACUCCAACCCCAAGCCCGAUGACAUCUCCUGACAUUUCUAGGGAAAGCAUUCGUCCGAUACCAAAGAGAAGAAAAACUGACCAUUCGAAAGAUCUAGAAAAAGAAAUUUUGGAAGCGGUAUCCGCCCCAAUUAAACUAGAUGGUGUGGAUGGAUUUCUACUGCGUCUCGGUGAAAGUCUGCGAAAGUUGCCCUACAGAGAGCGAAGAUUAAAAUUAUACAACUUGUGUAUGAGACUGAAGUGA